GAUGUGGAUAGCUCCCUCUUGUUACAGGACUUCAGCCUUUUCCAGUUUCUUGGGUUCGUCUGUGCAGCCAUGGCUUCUUCCUUGGAAUCAGAAGCGGCUUUCGUUGACAGGGCUUCCAAGAUUGGCGCGGAAGAGUGGAUCGUGGAUAGGCUCAAAGCAAUGCAACUGGCUACAUUCGGAAAUUUUGCGUUUGCGGUGGCAUAUUCGCCCCAGUCUGCGAAUGACACGAUGUUCAAGGAGUUCGUGGCGGAUUUGCUGCAGGCAGAACCCGAUGCCAGCCAGCUUGCAACUUUGAGGCGGUUAUUCUUCGAGUGCCACACCAGAGCUCUGGUAGAUGUGCGAAGCCGUGUUUAAAUCCAACGCCGACCCCAGUGCGACCAUUUGCCUACAGCUGAGAGGGUGGCGCGGCAGUCCGCCCAGGAGGCCGUUGAUCUUCACCCCGGAUACGAGUGGAGAUGUGCGAGACUGGUAUUCUGGUGUACGUGAAGCCUGAGCUUUGCUGCAGUCGUGCUCAGGAGACGCAGACCAUGAAGAGAGACAGCGCUAUCUCGACUGAUGCCUCAGGUCUGCUCAAGAUUUCCCCGAAAGCCCAGGACCCCAGGUGCGAGGCUUCAACCGAACUGAAGCUACGAGCUGCGCUCCAGCGCCGCAGCCUAGCUAUGGAUUUGGCGGGAAUUGCAGAGUUUACGGUAGUUGAGGCUUGGGUGCAGUUUCUCUUCACUCAUGUGGCUCGUGAACAGCCCCAUGGAUUCAACAAGGUCACUGCUUUGCAGCAGUUGGUGGAGUGUGACAAGCAGAUGUUCACUUUGGCGGCUCACCGCACUAUGGGAUGUUUGCAACGUGGUCCUGCCGAUCCAAAGCCUCUUGAUGAAGCUAUUCAGGCGUUGAAAACCUCGCAUGAGGUCUUGCAGUACCUGCCCAAAAGGAGGAACGCCCGAACAGCAAGGGAACGGGCAAAGCCUCAGAAGGCCAAACCUCCCGGAAGGUUGUGUGGCAACAGAUGAUGACGGCAAGCCACUCUGCUUUGCGUUUCAGUCUGGAAAGUGCAAAUUCAAGGGCCCGCCUGGCAAACGUUGUGCCCGAGGAUUCGUGGAAGUGUUACAAGAAGGGAUGCUUCCGGUUGCGGGCAUAUAUGCAUUGCAACCACACUGACUGACAUUCAGAGUUUCCAACACAGUCUCACUCACAGCCCUUGUUUAUUAUACGUCUCUCUCAAUUGGGUAUGGUUUUUAAGGGG